AAUUGGGGUUUCUGUUGAAUAAUGUCCUUGCCUUCUGCUCUGCCAUUGUUGUCCACUUCUCAUUCAUCUCCUCACGCAGCGCGAACAAAGACACGUCAGCCUCGCCCUCUGAUUGGCUCCCUGCCGGGGCCCCGCGACGCUGCUGUGCCGCGAGCUCCGCCACAACAGAUGGACCUCUCGCGCUCUCCUCCUCCUACCAGCUUCUGGAUGCACUGCUGCACGCGCCCCGCUGAUUGUGUCCAACGGCAGGAGAACGAGCGACUUGUCCCAGGAGUUUUAACGGCUAACGCUCAGUUCAGGAGAAACGACUGGAUAAACGACUGGAAGACGGAAGAAAAGGACCGAGGAGACCUAUGUUAGUCACGUUCAGAAGAAAAGACCCUCUUGGAUCACUGACACCUGCUAAUACCUGAGGAUACAAACAGAAUCUGCCUGCCUAUAACUUUGGCUGCCUCUCCUCAUAGGCAGCUUCUUCUCUGGUGACCCAACAACAACUCAUAGUCUUUACGACGCUCCUCUCAUGCUCGCUGAGAAUGGAUGAUACACAGUACGGGGUUCAGAUCGGAGAGAACAAGUUCGUCAGCAAGUCAACAGUCCUGUCACAUCUUAAAACUUACAACCUCUAUUAUGAAGGGCAGAAUCUGCAGCUGCGGCACAGAGAGGAAGAAGAGGAACUGAUUGUUGAGGGCUUGCUGAAUAUCUUUUGGGGCCUCCGGCGACCAAUCAGGCUACAGAUGCAGGAUGACCACGAGCGAAUCCGGCCGCCCCCCUCCUCCACGUCUUGGCACUCGGGUUGCAAUCUGGACAGUCAAGGUUCUCCCACCACCACAGAUGGUCAACAGACUCAGCAGAGCUCGCCCACAGUGGAAGUGACGCCACCUGACAGCCAACUAGAGGACAACGGUGUGACUGAAGAGGAGGCAGAAGAGGACAGUGAGAGCUCCGCUCAGCUCCUCAGGACAAAGAGCGAUGCCGGGGUCUUAAGGAGAGGCCAGCGAAGGUCGCCAAGUGACCAGAGGAAAAUCCGACGCCAUCGAUUCUCCAUCAACGGACACUUCUACAACCAUAAAACAGCAGUGUUUACGCCUGCUUACGGGUCGGUGACUAACGUUCGCAUCAACAGCUGUAUGACCACGCCGCAGGUGCUACGAGUUCUCCUUAAUAAGUUCAAAAUCGAAAACAGCCCAGAUGAUUUUGCACUCUAUCUGGUCCAUGCUAGUGGAGAGCGAGUGAAACUGAAGCGGACUGACUAUCCUUUGUUGCUGAGAGUCAUGCAGGGACCGUGUGAGCAAGUCUGCAAAAUUUUCCUCAUGGAAGAAGAUCUCGGAGAAGAAGUCACAUAUGAUGUGGCGCAGUAUAUCAAGUUUGAGAUGCCUGUCCUCCAGAGUUUCAUCACCAAGCUAAAGGAAGAGGAGGACAGAGAGGUGCAGAAACUCAGGAGAAGGUAUAACUAUCUUCGGAAUAUAAUCGAGAAGCAGCUCCAGUGUCUUCCAGAGGGGGCAAAGUGUAUGUGAUCUGCUCAUGGUAGGGCCCCUUAACCCCACACCAAACUGUCACCACAGCUGCCAAGCUGUGACCAAGAGAAUGACCAAGAAUCAGCUGACAAGAGCAACAAGUACAUGUUUCACCAACUAUCCUGCUCCUCUGAAGUCCUCCCUCAGCAUAUCCCACAAUCAGUCAGCCCACAGUUUGCUCUUUCGUGCACGUGUUGAGUGUGACCAUCUCUGUGAUACUGAGAGUCAUGGCAACACACACACUUUUCUUUUCUUUGCUUUUCUUUACCAUGAACAGAGCACUCGGACAAACGUCUCCUGUUUGUGUUUUUUAACCAUUUUUUAGUCUGUUAGCCUGCAAGAUGAGGCUAAAAUGUAACCUGUCUUCUGCCUUCUCUGCAGGAAAUAUUCAAAAUCGUUUUAAAGCACAAAUGUCAUCUUAUAGUGACUAUAUAGGUUUCUCCAAGCACAAAACACACAGAGUUGGUGGGAUACUUUGAAGCUGAUGUAAACAUUUAGGACCUUUUUCAUUUCAUUGAUGUGAAAUCUUUUUUUGCCACUGAGAAUUUCACUGCAGGCUGUGACUGUGAUAAUGCAGUUACACACAGUAUUUGGCAUUUUACGUGCAGGCAGCAUGUAAGACUGAGAAUCACAGGGAACAACCAUCCUGUAAAUGUGGAGUGGUCUGACGGUGACAAAAAUUAACCUUACAUAUUUCAUUAAAUUUAAUGCAUAAACAGCCCAAGUGAAAGAGUAUGGAGAAGUGAUUCCUGCAUAUCAAGCCCCCAAAACGUCAACUGCCGUGUUUAUGUUUGGUGGCACCGGUCUUUGUCCUGCUCACUGAGUUUUAAAUGAGAUCUGGUGAAGUUGAAGCCAAACUCUCAGCAUGAAGUUAGAUCCAGAAGUUCCCCAAAAUAACAGACUAUUCCUUGGAAUAAUGCAACUUUUUUUGAGCUACUUGUUUUGUUCCUAAACACAUUAAUGUCUUACUCUAAAGGUUUGCCUGACGUUAACCAGAUUGCACAAAAUCUUUAUGUUUUGUUUUCAUUUUGGUUUAGGUUUUUUUUAGUUUUUUUGACAUCUACAUCCAGCAGAGACAAGAAGCACAAAACGAUAAUCCCACAAGACUGUGAAUUUUACGGAGAAUGUUUUUAAACGUACGAAUGAGCAUUUCUAAGCAGUGCAGUUUGCCUCCACAUGUACAGCACUUUGUCUCCUUCCGCCCGACAGUUCAGUAUUUCUGACACGCAGUGGACGACGCCCCGAAGAUUGUGUGAGAGCAUGCAUGUUGUGUUUUUAGUGACUCCUAAGACUUGCCUGCUUUUGUAUUGUGUCUUUUACAAAGUAAAGAAGAAAUUUUAGCCUUUAAAGUGUUAACUCUUGCCACUACUUUGUGGAAGUUUUCGUACAAUGUUUGUUAUUUAAUAAAAAAUUUGUCUGGGGAAAAUGAAUUUGUAGUCCUCAUCCGUUUUUGUUGCAGUCACUGUUACCUAACGAUGCUGAAUUCGUUUGCAGUGGCAGAUAAUGGCAGAAGCUUCGGGAGAGCUCGCUGAACGUUCUGGUUUGUUUACUCAGAGAGUUAAAUAAUUCAGAUAAAAUUAGAAACGCAAAUGUUAAGCCCGCGCUCUCAGGUAUUUAUGCGUGAUGUCGGCAGCACCAGCAGCUUACUGCACAGUCAGCCAGUGAGGUGAUUGAGAUUGUCUGACGGAUAACAGGCUGGCCCUGAAACAUACUUUCCCACAGACAAGAAGAGGAGUCUGAGCUGUGAACAUCACUUUUGGCUUCAGCUUCCCAAAGAGGAAUACCAUCCAAAUCUCUGCCACACAAAAAAAUAUUAAUUUAGCAGGAUGAAAAUCACGUUGGAAAUGCACAAACUUUCCACAGUGGCCCUCUGUGUGCUGCUCCUGGCCACACUGUUACCCGGAUCCGAGGCCCGCCGUGGACGUGGAGGUGGUGGGUUCAGCCGAGGAGGAGGAGGAGGCUACAGCCGGGGGUGGGGAGGUCAGCCCUACAGACCACCGCCUGUCCAGAGCAGUGGCCCCAGUGCCGGGAAAGUAGCUGGGGCAGCUGCUGCAGGAGCAGUAGGAGGAGCCAUGCUCGGAUCUGCCUUGAGCCGUCCUGGGUAUGGGUAUGGGUAUGGGUAUGGCGGAGGAUUCGGAGGAUAUGGUGGAUAUGGUGGAUAUGGAGGGUAUGGAGGGUAUGGAGGAGGUUAUGGAUACCCACGAUACGGAGGUGGUUACGGCUAUGGCCCCCGCCCUGGCUAUGAGCCAGAGGGCUCUGGUGAUGUGGAGUACUACACCGGAGCAUCCAGUGGCCCAAUCUACAACAGCAUCAUUGUUGUCAUUGGCUCCCUAAUGUCGCUGCUCAUGGGCCACUGGGUGGCAUUCAUGUAGCGCUGGAGACGAAGCUGAGAUUUACAAACACACCAGAAAAAACCCUCCUUUCAAAAAUAACCCAUCCUACUGUAAAGGGGACAUUUUUAAAGUCACAGUUCACCUGAAAUUUGAGUUUUCAGAAAUAAAAACCUGUUGCCAAUUUGUUUUGUGGACACUUCAGUGACCCUGUGUGAGGACAAUAAGAGGAGUUUGACUUAUCAAUGUGACACCAUUACACUGAAUAUGAAAACACACGGUCAAAAAUCAUUAUUAAAGUCACGAAAUGUAAUCUGAUUUGAUGUGAUGUUGCUAUCCUGUCCCAUUUUUGACUUCUUUUAAUGUGGCCACUGUUUUUAUACAUUUGGUGAUGGCAGUGAUGGUGAUGACUACAGUCUGUAAAGAUAGAGCAGGAAUUAAUUAGAUCUGUUUUAAGUUAAGUCUACCUCAAGGAACAAUGUCAGGAUUAGAUGUUAAUGUCAUUUUCUAAUUACCAAAUUUAAAUAUUUUUUUCAUUGUUACAUAAUUUCGCCUAUGCUGUAUAUUGUAUAUAGGUUAUAUUUUUAAGUAUUGCUUUCAUUGACAAUGUUUGCAUAAUUAAAUUAAAUGUUUUAUGAUCAUUUGUAGAUUUUAUUAAAGAAUGCUCUUUAAUAUUUAAUACUGCUAUGAAUGUAAAAUAAAUGUGUGAUAUAGCUUCGUGUUGACAUUUAUUCUCCAUGCUAACCGCAUCAUUUUAGAUUAUUUUAGAUUAUUAUUAAGCCUUAGGAACCUUUGUAAUCCUUUUCAGACUGACGUCAGUGACUUUGUUUCUCAUUUGUUCUUGAGUUUCUUUAGAUUGUGACACGGAGCAUUGUGUUAUGAGGGCAAUAAUCGGGGCUAAGUGUGGCUAGUGAAACUGAACUGAGCUUUCCAAAAAAAAUGUGGUUAAUCAAAGUUAAUUUAUAAUCUAACAAGGAGAGGCAAUUACUUUUUCACAUGGUUUCAGGUCGUUUGAACAGCUUUUUUCUUCCUAAUAAAAGAAAUCGUCAUUUACAAACUGCA